ACUGAAUAACUCUAUCGGAUUUUUUAAAAUUCUAAUGGGACAGACAAUAGCCAUUUAAUAUCUGAGAUUUUUGGUUGUAAAUUCUACCAAAUGUUUGUUUGUUCUUAUUCUUAACACAGAUGUUAAACAUAUGAUCUCUCAGAAGAUUUCAAUUUCCCUUCUUCUCCAUUUUCUUUUGCUUCCAUGGCAACAAUCUUUCACAGAUCUCUUCAUAUUUUUCUCUCUCUGUUUCUGAUCUUGAAACACAUAUCUUUAGCUGAAGAGACAAAACAGUUCAUAUACAAUGGAUUUACAGGAUCUGAUCUGAGACUAAAUGGGAUUGCAAAAAUCCUACCCAAUGGUCUAUUAGAACUUACAAACACUUCAUACCAACAAAUAGGUCAUGCUUUCUUUCCAGUACCCAUGCAUUUGAAUUCAUCUUUGGCUAACAAUUCUAGCUCAUCUUUUUCAUUUUCUACCAGUUUUGUAUUUGCCAUGGUUCCUGAGUUGCCAGGUAGAGGUGGUCAUGGCAUUGCUUUCACUAUCUCACCGUCUGUAGAGCUAACAGGAGCAACAGAUACUCAGUAUCUUGGACUAUUUAAUACUACAAACAUUGGUUCCGUUUCAAAUCAUUUGCUUGCUAUUGAGUUAGAUACUGUACGAAACAGGGAGUUUAGAGACAUCAAUGAUAAUCAUGUUGGUGUUGACAUCAACAAUUUGACAUCCAUUCAAUCUGCUCCAGCCGAAUACUUCUCGGAGAAUGAUGGCGAAAACAAGACCUUGCAGCUUACAAGUGGUAAACCAAUGCAGGUAUGGAUAGAGUAUGAUGAUACAAACAAGUUGCUUAAUGUAACACUAGCUCCAAUUAAGAUCAAGAAACCAGAAAAGCCUCUCAUAUCGAAGAAUCUUGAUCUUUCUUUACUUUUCUUGGAUUCUAUGUAUGUUGGUUUCUCUGCAUCCACUGGUUCAGUAGCAAGUCACCACUAUAUUCUUGGAUGGAGUUUUAACAGAAGUGGGCAAGCACAAACUCUUGACCCUUCAGAGCUUCCUAAACUUCCUCAGACAACAAAAUCAAAGGGGAAAGUAGAUUUGAGAAUUGUUCUUCCAUUGGUAGCUGUUGUUGUUCUGGUUGUAACUAUCUCUGCAACUAUUUAUGUAAUGAGAAAGAAGUAUGAAGAAAUCCGCGAAGAUUGGGAACAGCAAUAUGGUCCUCAAAGAUUCCGUUACAAGGAUCUUUAUAAAGCAACUAAAGGUUUUAAGGACAAGGAGGUUCUUGGAUUUGGAGGUUUUGGGAAGGUUUAUAGAGGAGUCUUACCUUCUUCGAAUGUACAAGUUGCAGUCAAGAAAGUCUCACAUGAUUCAAAACAAGGUAUGAAAGAAUUUAUAGCUGAAAUUGCAAGCACAGGAAGGCUAAGGCAUAGAAACUUAGUACAACUCCUGGGCUAUUGCAGGCGAAAAGGGGAGCUUUUCUUGGUUUAUGAUUAUAUGCCUAAUGGGAGUCUUGAUAAGUUCUUAUUUAGCACUAAAAAGCCGAAUCUGGAUUGGGUUCAUCGCUAUAAAAUCAUUAAAGGAGUAGCAUCUGCUCUUCUUUACCUCCAUGAAGAAUGUGAACAAGUUGUUCUGCAUAGAGAUGUGAAAGCAAGUAAUGUUCUGUUAGAUGUUGAUAUGAAUGGAAGGUUAGGAGAUUUCGGGCUGUCUAAGUUUUAUGACCAUGGAGCAAACCCUGAAACAACUUGUGUAGUUGGAACUGUUGGGUAUCUAGCACCAGAGCUUACUAGAACUGGAAAGCCAACUACCUCUAGUGAUGUUUUCGCUUUUGGUACUUUUAUGCUUGAAGUAGCUUGUGGAAGGAGGCCUAUAGAGUCAGAAAGGCCAUCUGAGCAGGUGAUCUUGGUCGAAUGGGUUGUUGAAUGUUGGAGAAGAGGGGAUCUUUUUGAGUGUGUUGAUUCAAGAUUGGAAGAUAAUUAUGCGGUGAAAGAAAUGGAGUCUGUUUUGAAACUUGGUUUGCUUUGCGCACACCAUUUGCCAGCAGCUAGGCCAACCAUGAGGCAAAUUGUGCAAAUCUUGGAUGGAAAUGCUAUUUUGCCUGAAAUUCCGUUGGAUGUUGCAAGCAUUGGUAUACUUCCAGGUAGCCGUGAAGUAUCUAAAGAUUGGCCUUUACUAAAAUCGACAGAAAUUUCUACUUCUGCUGUGGAUUCAAUCCUGAUUAAUGGUCGCUGAAUGUCUUGGAGACUUUCUGAGUGAUUUGAGGAGGAAACUCAUGAAACAAUACUGCAGACCAAUUCAAAGAGGCAUUCACUAGCUAAAGAAGACAUCAUUUUCUGUUGACGAGUGUACUAAAUUAUGUAUUUUAUAGAAAAGUAUAUGCCAAGAUCAUUAAUACCCAUGUUUGAUACGUUCUGAUGAGUGAUUAAUCUCAUCUCUGCUCUAAUAAUCUGUCUCUGCAGCUCCAUUUGUUUUGACAA